ACGACAUUCAGAAGCAACGUGCAGAACGUAUAUGUAUACGGUAGGCCGACUUCGAGGGUGCAAUCACCCUUCAGUGGUGCCUGCAAAGCGUCCAACACACGCCUGCUCGGCGAAUAACCGUCGCCCCGCAUCGAGCCCGCGGAGCCGGAACGCAAGCGGACGCCACAAAAUGCAACGUGGCCCGACGUCCAACCGAGAACAAUGGAUUGGUGAUCCCAUCCGGCGUCUAGUCACCUUCCCCCGUCGUCCAUCAGCAGCCCACGUCCACCGCCGCUGACGGAGCUAUCAGGCUCUCUAUCCCCCACCGCGAUCCCCACCAAACAUCGGCGCUAGUCGGCGGGAUCACGUAUCACACAGCACCGAUCAGUAGCUACAUAAAAGGAUUGCCGGCUGCAGUCGUUGUUCCUCACAGACUCCAGCAUCCCCUCCGCACUCAUCUAGACCAACCACCACAUACACUUAGAAAUGGAGGGCAUCAAAAAGGUUUUCGAGGCUAAGAAGGAGCAGGGCUCGCCCGCGCUCGUCACCUUCGUCACCGCAGGCUACCCGACAAGGGAGUCUACCGUUCCCAUCCUGCACGCUCUCGAAAAGGGCGGCGCAGACAUCAUCGAGCUCGGUGUCCCCUUCUCAGAUCCCACUGCAGAUGGCCCCGUCAUCCAGUACUCGAACACCGUCGCGAUCAACAACCAGAUCGACUACGCGACCGUGCUCGGCUACGUCCGUCAAGCUCGCGCAGAGGGCAUCAAGGCCCCCCUCGUCCUCAUGGGCUACUACAACCCCGUCCUCGCAUACGGCGAGGACCGCGCCAUCGAAGAGGCCGCCGCCGCGGGCGCCAACGGCUUCAUCAUGUGCGACCUCCCGCCCGAGGAGGCUAUCAACUUCCGCGAAAAGUGCCGCAAGUACGCCAUGUCCUACAUCCCCCUCAUCGCGCCCUCGACCUCCCUCCACCGCAUCAAGUUCCUCGCCUCCAUCGCGGACUCCUUCAUCUACGUCGUCUCCAAGAUGGGCACCACUGGCUCCUCCGAUGCCGUCGCCAUCAACGCCGAGCUCCCCGCUAUCAUCGCGCGCGUCCGCCAGCACGCUACCGUCCCCGUCGCUGUCGGCUUCGGCGUCUCCACGCGCGCGCACUUCGACACCGUCGCCGAUGCAGGUGCUGACGGCGUCGUCAUCGGCUCGCGCAUCGUCCAGGUCAUCAAGGGCGCGCCUACCAGCGACAUCGCGACUCCGGUCGAGGAGUUCUGCGCCGCCAUCACGCUCAAGGGCCAUCAGCCGCACCCGCGCAAGGCGCAGCCGCCCUCGACACCUGCGCCGGUCGACGCUGUCGACGAUGCCCCGCCGGCCGCGAUCAGCGACCUCCCCAUGCGCUUCGGCGAGUUCGGCGGUCAGUACGUCGCGGAGGCGCUCGUCGAGUGCUUGCAGGAGCUCGAGGCCGCGCACCGCGCCGCCAUGGCCGACCCCGAGUUCUGGAAGGAGCUCCGCAGCCACUACGCCUACAUGAACCGCCCCUCCAACAUCUACCUCGCCGAGAGCCUGACCGCGAAGACCGGCGGCGCGAAGAUCUGGUUGAAGCGCGAGGACUUGAACCACACUGGCUCGCACAAGAUCAACAACGCGAUGGGCCAGAUCUUGCUCGCAAGGAGGUUGGGCAAGAAGCGCAUCAUCGCCGAGACUGGUGCUGGUCAGCACGGUGUUGCCACCGCGACCGUCUGCGCCAAGUUCGGCAUGGAGUGCAUCGUCUACAUGGGUGCUGAGGACGUUAGGAGACAAGCCCUUAACGUCUUCCGUAUUGAGAUGCUCGGCGCGAAGGUCAUCCCCGUCGAGUCCGGAUCGCGCACGCUCAAGGACGCCGUCAACGAAGCCCUCCGCGACUGGGUCACCAACCUCUCCUCCACCCACUACCUCGUCGGCUCCGCCAUCGGCCCGCACCCCUUCCCAACCGUCGUCCGCGACUUCCAAAAGGUCAUCGGCGAGGAGAUCAAGGCGCAGAUGAAGGAGGCCACCGGCGCGCUCCCCGACGCCGUCGUCGCCUGCGUCGGCGGCGGCUCCAACGCCAUCGGCACCUUCUACGACUUCAUCAAGGACCCCUCCGUCCGCCUCAUCGGCGUCGAGGCCGGCGGCGAGGGCCUCGACGGCACGCACCACUCCGCGACGCUCUCGAAGGGCAAGCCCGGCGUCCUCCACGGCGUGCGCACGUACAUCAUGCAGAGCGAGACCGGGCAGAUCAUGGAGACGCACUCGAUCUCCGCCGGGCUCGACUACCCGGGCGUCGGCCCCGAGCACGCGUGGCUGAAGGACUCGGGGCGCGCGGAGUACGUCGCGGCGACGGACGAGCAGGCGCUGCGCGGGUUCCGCAUGCUGACGCAGAGCGAGGGCAUCAUCCCCGCGCUCGAGUCGUCGCACGCGAUCUGGGAGGGUGUCCGCCUGGCGAGCACGCUGCCGAAGGACAAGAACGUCGUCAUCUGCUUGUCGGGUCGUGGGGACAAGGACGUCGAGGAGGUGUCGCAGAUUUUGCCCAAGUGGGCAAACAUCCUCGACUGGCACGUCGCGAAGCGCACGAACGCGUAGAAAUUCGGUUCGCAGUGUUGUAUAUCAUAGCAAUAUAUUAGUGUAGUACAUCCUCAUGGCUUCAUAAUUUAAGCAUUUAUCUUGUCCUGCUGCGUCGUCCGUGCCAACGAGGUUUCGAUUUGUUUUGUACGGCAGUAGGCGCUUGGCUAGGAGAGCUUGAGGGCACGUUACUCAUCGGUUGGAUAUCGCUUCAACAUUGAUCGAGGUGCAGUUGUAGCCUGAGACCGUC